CAUGCCCUUAAAAACUCGUGGACGGGACGUCGGUGAGCGAGUAAAGGCGCCGGGCCGUUAUGUGCCGUGACAAUUACCAGACUACUCAGACAGUUUAGUGAGAGAAAAAAGAUCAAACACCAGUCAAGUGGGAGUAAUACACAUAAUGACAUACGUAACAUAUAUAUACAUAUAUAUAGUAUAUGUAUAUAUAUACAGACGGAGUGAUGAAGUUUAACGAAAGAGAAGAAUAUCAAAAGCUAAAUCAGGUGAACCAAAGAAAGUGAUAAAUUACAAAAGGCUGCACUUAGUUGUGUGUUAAAUAAAAAUACAUCGAGUCGAAAUUAUUUAAAAAACUCGCUGCAGAUGAGACCAAGUCACGUUACCUAAGAAGUACAAAUUAUUAUUUUCUUUUAAAUUCAACCAAACCAAGGCUGGUCAUAAAUCAUCAGUCACAAUCGGAGUACUCUGAUGUGUGAUGAAUUGAACUCACAAUUAUUAAUAUAAUAUAUAAUUUGAAGAUGAAGCUUUUAAUUCACUGGUACAUGACACUCAUUCAUAGCAUGACUUUUUUUUCUUCAAUCUCUUCUUAUUUGUCGUGCCUUUGAACAGUUAAUUGGCUGCGAAUGCGCACAAAACCUCGUCAACUGCAAGCACAUACCCCAAGUUUAAGUGUGUGUACAUCUACGGCGUGUAUCAUCGCUCUAAUCAUACACAUAAACACAUUCCUCAUUUGAAUCAUCAACACUCGGGUCUGUUGUACUGUAACUCUACUUUACUGAUAAUAAAAUAUGUGGUGACAGCCGAUAUUAUUUUUUAAAGCAACUAAUAGUAGAUGAUGCUGGCUCUAAUUGUUCUGAUGAGUAACAAAAAAAAAUAAUUAUACACUCAACGUUCGUGACAUCGACCUUCAAAUAAAUAAUAGACACUGAGGGGUCGACGUUUCAUUUAAUAUUUACCUGAUGCAUUACCGAGAGGUUCAUUCACCGGUCACUGUACCUUUAAAUCGGCUCAACAAAACCGUCAGUGUCUUUACAACGAGGCAUGUAAUAAAAAUUAUAAAUAAUUAUUCCUAUCACUAUUUUUAUGACAACAGUGAGAUUGAAUCUUGUUAUCAGUUUUUGGCUUUAUAUUAAUAACAGAGUGAUAAAACGCCGCAGUGUACUUUUAGAAAAUUUCAGUUUAUUGAAGACUACAAUGAUUUCAUCAGUGUAGUUAUCAGUUUAUUUAUAUACAGAUAUAUAUUAUAUUUAUACGUGUACAAUUACAACAUCGAAAAUGACGACAAUGAAUACGGGUGUACAACAUUUGGAGAAAGCGGCCACCACUGCUUGUACCAUGGCGACAAAUUUUUUGGCGCCAGUUAAAACGGAGCAACAAAUCUACGAAAAUUCAAUGCUCGAAGAUGAUCCGAAUGCUAACUCUGUUGUUACAACAACAAAAACGUUACCUGAACACAGCACUGUCCCCAGAUGGGGGCCCAAUCACAAAGGUGCUCGGGAACUUGCCAAUCUAUAUAGUACAGGAAAGAGAACGCAGGAAUGUAUCUGCGUAGGGAUCUGUAUAACAUUAAUGGCAGUGAAUUCAUUUUUUAUUGUAAUACGAUUAAGACUGGAGAACUUAAGUUCGAUAGUAAUUGCUGCGUUAUGUGGAAUUGUAACUGCAGACUUCAUCUCUGGAUUAGUUCACUGGGCGGCAGACACGUGGGGAUCGGUGGAGUUGCCUAUCCUUGGAAAAAAUUUCCUGAGGCCAUUUCGCGAGCAUCAUAUAGAUCCAACAAGUAUAACGAGACAUGACUUCAUCGAAACAAACGGCGAUAAUUUCAUGGUCACUAUACCGGCGCUGUGUAAACUCACGUGGGAUUUUCUUACUCUGCCUGAGCUGGAAAUUCAGCGGAGGUUUCUAUGGAGCUGCUAUUGGUGGCAGCUUGCGAUAUUUGUAGCAAUGACUAAUCAGAUUCAUAAGUGGUCUCAUACAUAUUUCGGGUUACCCGGUUGGGUCGUAUGGCUCCAAGAACACCGAGUGAUUCUCCCACGGAGACAUCAUCGAGUUCAUCAUGUUGCGCCUCACGAAACUUACUUUUGCAUAACAACCGGGUGGUUAAAUUGGCCGUUGGAGAAACUAAAAUUUUGGUACAUCCUCGAGACAAUUAUUGAGGCCACAACUGGCUACAAACCACGUGCUGAUGAUUUUAAAUGGGCGCAAAAGCGCUCUUGAAAGUUACCGAGGUUUUUGCAAUCAAUUGUGUGGUGUAUUAUUGUGUAUACAUGCGAUAGAGUUGUUAAUAAAAAGGCAAUCACACUAUUGUUAUCUGUAAAGACACGUACGGGGCUGGACCCCGUGACAUGACAAUUAACAUACUCCGAUUGAUAAGUGUUUUUUUUUUCGCACAGAAGACAACUAUCGUCAGCACAUAUUAUUUUUAUGUUACCAUAUGUGAAAAAUAUUGCACUCAUCUAUUGUGAAAAAUAGAUAUUAUGAUAUAUACAUUUAUAGAGUUGCAAUUUUUAAAGUAAACGCAAUGCCGAAAUGUGCUUUUUAAUAUUUACACAUUGAUUAAAUUUUUUUAGUACGUCGAAGGGUAAUUAUUAAUUUGUAAUUUACAAUUCUCAUAUAUAUAUACAUAUAUGUAUGUAAAAUCAUAAUGAUUUUGUCAUUUAUUUGGAGAGUA